CGCUGAGCAACAUACCCUUCUGAUUCUGUCAUGACGCAGCUCGGGCAAUGACUUCGUGUCGCCCUUUUGAACUGUUGUGGAAGAGGAAUUUGACACCAUCAGCUUCCCUGCUGCGAUUUGCUGUGGCUGACGGGCUUCCUCUAGGAGGACAUGGACGAACUGCUCCCACAGGUGUCAAGGUCCACGUUCCUGCAACUGGACUGGAGAAGUCAUAUUCUCCGGUGUCGCAUCCCGCACAGGCUGGAUCGUUUGAUCUCCUGGUGAAAGCCUACCCACCUCGAGCUGGAGGAGGCGUUGGGGCUUACAUAUGUGCCUUGCAGCCUGGUGAGAAGGCGCUGAUGAAAGUCAAGCCUGCCGAGUUUGGCUACCUAGCUGGUGCUCCAUUGUCGCCUGGACGUUGGAAGCAGAUUGGUUUAGUUGCCUGCGGGACAGGCCUGGCUCCACUAUAUCAAGUAGCUACCCAAGUUUUGGCUUGGAACAGUGGCACCAGAACCAUGCCUCAAGGUAAGUAGCUCGCUGCUUUGGGUUUCCUACGCUGCUCAAGUUUGGAAAGAUUCCUUUGCACCUGUGGUCACCUUCGAGGAAUAUCUAUGGUGCUGGCAUGCAGGACUGAGGAGGAUAUAUUGAUGCGUGAGGAACUGGAUUUGAUGGUUCGAAACCCUUGCUUUCGUCUUCACACCCAACUGAGCAUGCCAACAGGAGGGUGGUGUGGCUCCAAGUUUCAGCAAAGAAACGUUUUGGGUAGUUGAUACGUUUGCCAAUGAUAGGGGCACAAUGAAGGCCAGCCAAGUCAAGCGGACGGAUCACAAGCAAAACGCUGGGGGACUGUCUUCCGGCUCCCGAUGCUAGUCCUGACCUUGGCAUUGCGUGCGUGACGGUAUCCUUACAGUUUGUAAACCAUGUGUUCGUUGGUUGGACGUGUGCUCAUGAAGUUGCAGCCCUUCAAGCGCCUACAGUGCUACAGGUUCGAUGAUCCUCGUGUGCGGCACGGACGGCUUUGUGGACACUGUUGCGGGACCCAUCCAGCGAAUCACACUGCCAAAUGGGCAAAAAAGGCGAGGGGGGAACUCAUGCAGACGACAUAUUGCAUCUUGAACUUGUAUUGUAGAGCUAAUUCUGCCGAAAGGAAAUGCUAAGGGCCCCUUGGAGGUUUUUUGGCAGAGUUUGGUCCUCAGCCGGAAUAGAAGUCAACAGUUUCUGAUGAACUCACAUGUGCUGCCAAGGCUUGGGUAUGUUCCAGAGCAAGUGCACAAGUUUUGAUCAUCGCCAUUCCUUUCGUUGGAACAAAUGCGUCGGACAUGACAUGUCACAGCCAAACUUUGAUGAUUGUUUACCUUGCGAUUGCUCCUGAUAAUAACGCGGACCAGGCCCAAGUGAAUGGGAUGUUAGUUGUGCAA